AUGGUCACCCAACAGACCACCACAUCCAAGUACCUCUUCUCUCUCCUCGUCUUCUUCAAAACCAUUUUGUCUCCUUACAACUUCUUCUUGUCGUUGAUCAUUGUUCAUCAAAUCCGACUGUGUUCUUCGUCCAAGAACAUUGGCAACCAUGGCUUCUACAUCCCGUUUUCUACUUCUUUUUGUCAUAAUAUCAUCGCUGUUUUUUUCUCCCCUUGCAAUCUCUCUUCCUCUUCCACACAAUCAUGUGCCAGAUUUGUGUUCCCAAACAAGGAGGAUGAUGAUCAUCACUUUGCUUCAUGCGUUGAUCUUCCUGUUUUGAACUCUUUUUUGUAUUGGACAUACUACCCAUCUUCAAGUACUGUUCAAAUAUGUUAUCGACACACCGAAUCAUCUUCAGGAACAUGGGUUGCAUGGGGAAUCAAUCCUACAUCAAAAGGAAUGGUAGGCACACAAGCACUGAUUGCAUACCAAGAAUUGGACGGAACACUGAAGGCUUACACAUCUCCUAUCAAUAGCUAUGGCACUCAAUUAGCAGAGGGAGAAUUGAGUCUCAAAGUGUCCGAUCUGUCGGCCAGUUUUAUGGACAAUGAGAUUGCUAUAUUUGCUACUUUGGAGCUUCCAACAAACACUACCAUGAUAAACUAUCUUUGGCAAGACGGUCCUGUCUCAUCAGGUAAUGCUUUGGGAAUGCAUGGUCUCUCUGGACAACAUGUUCAAUCAAUGGCAACUUUGGACUUGUCAUCUGGAACAUCAGUGCCAACAAAGGGAGGAAAAUCAAAAUCCAAAUUGCGCAACAUUCAUGGAGCGUUGAAUGUAAUUAGCUGGGGUACGAUGAUGCCUAUUGGAUUUAUGCUAGCUAGGUACUUGAAGGUUUUCCGACCCUCAGACCCUUUGUGGUUCUACCUUCAUGUUUCAUGCCAGUGCUUGGCCUUCUUGAUCGGUGUGGUGGGAUGGGCAACUGGUCUUGCACUUCGUCUCAUGUCCGCCGGUGUCCAUCAUACUGACCAUAUUGCCAUUGGAACCACCGUCUUCUCUCUUGGGAUACUUCAGGUCUUGGCUCUCCGUCUCCGACCCCAUAAGGACCAUAAGUACAGAUGUUAUUGGAACAUCUACCAUCAUUAUGUGGGAUACAUAGUCCUUGCCUUGGGUAUUGCCAAUGUGUUCAUCGGAUACAAGAUAUUGAAGCCUGGGAAGGGGUGGGAGAUUGCAUAUUAUGUCAUCUUCGGGGCCUUGUUAUUCACUCUUGUUAUGCUAGAAGCUUGCAAAAGGUUGAAGAAAUCUGCCAACAACGAAGAACGCAACUGUAGAGGAAGCGAAGUCGUCGGAAACAUUGCUUGUCCACAGCAGAGUGUGUAG